GCGUGGAAAAUGGUCGUCAUUAUGAUAAGCGUAACUGCGCGGGGACGCUCACCGAACGGUGUGUGUCCUCAGGUAGGUCUUAUCAGCGCACACUCCGUACACCGGUGAUACCUGCGGGCCCUUGCGUUUGUUUUCAUGGGUGUGUAGUAUUAUUUUGGCUGCCGGUACGAUCGUACGUGCCUCUGGUCAGUUCGCGCCUUUCACCGACCGGGGCUGGUACCGGCCGCUCAUCAAUCAGCCGUGCGCUGCAGUGUGCAUUAGUGGGUAGUGUUGUGUUGCAGCUCUUCAAUACCCGGGCAGGAUCAAUCGGGGAUCAAGAUGGAUGCCAACUUCAAGCGAAAAACGAUCCAUCGCAGCAUCUCGCUGCUGUUGCGUGACAUCGAUCAGAUGUCGCUGAGCGAAAUCGGCACCUCCAAUCCGGCACUGAACUGCGACGAUACCGGUGCGGCAUCCGAUUCGACUGCACGCAUCGAUCAUGCCACCGGGUGCCAUCCGGCCGACCGGAAUGCGUAUGGCGAGAGCGGUGAUGGGGCAGGCCCUGGAGGUGGUGGAGGAGCAACGGGACAUCACCAUGAUGCCAGCCUGGCCUGCUACUCGAUCCGUAGCGAGCCGGAGGAGUACGACGAAAAUUUGGACGCCCCAGAUUCGGUGACGUACCUAUCGAUCGGUGGCAACAAUCCGGUGCUGGUGAUACGGGAAAGCGAUGCGGACAGUGUCAGCCCGGCAUCGGAGAUCCCGUACAGCUACGUGUACAAUGCGCCGGUCAAGUUCGAUUCCAUGCGUCGCCACAUUUUUAUUCCGGGCCUGGAGAUCAUCGUGGAAAUCGUUGACUACGAGCGUAGCCUAACGUCGCACGUACUUAAUCCUAAUCUAUAUACGGUGAAGCUCACGCACGGCCCAUUUUCGUGGACCAUUCAGAAGCGAUACAACCACUUCAGGAAUCUGCAUCAGCAACUGACAACGUAUAGGGCCUCGCUGCACAUACCGUUUCCGACCAAAAGUCACAAGGAGCGGAGGGAUAGCUUUCGGAACAUGCAUACCGUGCAUCAGGCGACGGCAUCGCCCGCCAUGCAGCAGAAGCUUGGGAAACCGUUGAAGAAGAUCAAGAAAAAUGCGCUGCCACGGUUCCCGCUCAAGCCGGACUCGCUCGUUUCGUUCGAUGCUAUCCCGCAGCGGAUCAAGCAGCUGGAGGAGUAUCUGUACAAUCUGCUGAACAUCUCACUGUACCGUAACUUCCACGGCACGAUCAACUUUCUGGAAGUGUCCCACAUUUCGUUCAUUUCGGCGCUGGGCGAAAAGGGAAAGGAAGGACCGAUCAAGAAGCGUACCGGGUCGACCCGGCCCGGCCAGUCGGGGUGCAACUUUUGCGGUUGCCUUGCCGGUGGGUGCUGUGUGCGGUGCAGCUACUUUUGUACCGAUGUGCUCUGGAGCAAGUGGCGCAACCGGUGGUUCUUCGUGAAGGAAACAUGCUUUGGGUACUAUCGGCCGAAGGACGGUGUGCUGCGGUGUGUCGUACUGUUCGAUCAGGGGUUCGACAUCUCGUCCGGCAUGUACAGUACGGGCAUGCGCAAUGGAUUGCAGAUAGCGACCAACUCGCGGUAUCUCGUAAUCAAGUAUCCCACGCGCCGGAUGGCCAAAGAGUGGAUGACGCACAUGAAGCGGGUGGCGAACGAAAGUGCACGCGAUUUUACGCUGCCCAACCCGCACCAGUCGUUUGCGCCGUCCAGGCCCGGGGUUCAGGCCGGGUGGUUUGUGGAUGGGGCAGGGUAUAUGAGUGCGGUGGCCGAUGCACUGGAGGGUGCGACGGAAGAGAUUUUCAUCACCGACUGGAUGCUCAGCCCGGAGAUCUACAUGAAGCGGCCGGCGAUCGAUGGGGAUUACUGGCGGCUGGAUAAGAUUCUGAAGCGCAAGGCGGAGCAAGGUAUCAAGAUCUUUGUGCUGCUGUUCAAGGAGCUGGACUUUGCGCUCGGCAUUAACAGCUACUACAGCAAGGCGAAAUUGGUGGAGCAGCAUGAGAACAUAAAGGUACUUCGACACCCGGAUCAUGCCCGAGCCGGGAUACUGUUCUGGGCUCACCACGAGAAGCUCGUCAUCAUCGAUCAAACGUACGCGUUCGUGGGGGGAAUCGAUUUGUGCUACGGCCGCUGGGAUGACUACCAGCAUAGACUGACCGAUCUCGGAAGCAUUUCCUCGUCAGCGAACAGCUCCGCGAACAAUACUACCACCCGCAAACCGUCGACCGUGGUCGAACUGGACGAGAAUGGUUCGGUGGCGAAUCUGCUCAAAUCUAGCAAAAAUAUAGCCAUUGCAACGGCAGUCGAUCGUCAGUCUACCGGAUCCGUGGCAGCGGCCGCCCAGCAAUCCGACAACGCCACCUCCACCAAAUCCACCAAAGAUGGUACGUCUAAUGGCAAGCAGAAGCUCGCACACCACAACCCGGACGCGCCGGCUGCGAUGGGCGAACCACCGGACAAGUUGCUGCAGGCAGCCGCCCAAGCACUCGGCGAUCAGCAGCUACCGGCGGAGGAAAGGGACGAACUGCCCGAGAACAUCAAGCAGAACACUCCCGAGAUGGAGCGGCGAAACAUAAUGGGUAUGAUCAAGGAUAUGGGCCGCGAUCUGAAGAAUCGCAUCACACUGUCCGAGCAGCCGGAGCAUCCGCCCGGCACGGAUGUGCUCACUGCCGGCGGAACAAUCGUGAUGGGUGGUGGACCGAAGAGCAACAUCGGCAGCCCGGUCUAUCUGUCGGAGGAGGAACGGCGCAAGAAGCAGCUGUACGGUGGCGAUAAGGGUACGCCCGUGAAGGAUAUGGUCAGUCCGCAACCGUUCAAAAAUGCGGCCAUCUUUGAGCUGGACGGGCAGGCGAAGCUGUGGAUCGGCAAGGACUACAUUAACUUUAUCGUGAAAGAUUUCACAAACCUCGACAUGCCGUAUGUGGGUAAGUAUGCCGGUGGGGCUAAAGGCGUUAAGAGAGAUAUAGACUUGGUCGACCGAUCGACGACGGUGCGCAUGCCGUGGCAUGACGUAGCAACGGUCGUGCUGGGGCAAGCUGCCCGGGACGUGGCUCGCCACUUCAUCGAACGGUGGAACGCGGUCAAGCUGGAGAAGUGCCGCGAAAAUGCCAACUACCCGUACCUGCUGCCAAAGAGCUACAAUGACAUCCGCGUAGACAGUAAGUUCCUGAAUGUGCCGCUCCACCACGUCACCUGCCAGGUGUUGCGCAGCGCGUCCAGCUGGAACUGUGGUUUCAUCGAACCGGACUACGUGGAGCAGAGCAUCCACGAGGCGUACGUGCAGACGAUUUCCAAGGCACAGCAUUACAUCUACAUCGAGAACCAGUUCUUCAUCAGCAUGGAGCUCGGCAACAGUGUGGUGAAGAACCAAAUAUCGGAGUAUCUGUUCAAGCGGAUCGUGCGCGCGCAUCGGGAGAAGAAAGUGUUUCGGGUGUACGUCGUGAUGCCACUGCUGCCCGGGUUCGAGGGAGAUGUCGGUGGGUCGUCCGGAAUCUCGCUGCGUGCUAUUACCCACUGGAACUAUGCGUCUAUUUCGAGGGGUAAAUCAUCACUGCUCGAGCGGUUACGAGCGGCCGGUAUUCAAAAACCUUGUGACUACAUAUCGUUCCACAGUCUGCGCACGAACUCGACGCUCAACGGCAUGCCGGUGACGGAGCUGAUUUACGUCCAUUCGAAGCUGCUGAUCGCAGACGACAAGGUUGUGAUCUGUGGUUCGGCCAACAUCAACGACCGCUCGCUGCUGGGCAAGCGAGACUCGGAAGUUUGCGUUAUGAUAACGGACGAAUCGUUCGAGGAGGGUCGUAUGAACGGUGAAUCGUACCCGUGUGGCGUGUAUGCGGGCAAGCUGCGGAAGUUUCUGUUCCGCGAGCAUCUCGGUUUGCUGGAACCGGACCCAAAGCGGGACCCGAUCGAUGUAACCGAUCCGGUAAUUCACACGUUCUGGAACGACGUUUGGCGACGGACGUCCCGCCGCAAUACGCUUAUCUACGACGAAGUGUUCCGCUGCAUUCCGUCCGACAAUGUGCAAUCGUUCGCCAUGAUGAAGCGGUUCCUGGAGGACAAGAGUUUGCUACAGUCUAACCCGGACGGCAUUCAGCAGGCCGUGGCAAGGAUCGAGGGCUAUCUGGUCGAUCUGCCGCUAAAGUUUCUGUGCAACGAAAUACUUACUCCGCCCAACACGAGCAAGGAAGGUUUUAUGCCGACCUACAUGUGGACCUAACCGAGGGAUCGUGCCCGGCUUUCGUGCUGUUACUGUGCAUUCCAACCAAGCCGUCAAUCGUUACGUGUUAUAUGUUUGUAAUGUGUGUGUGUUUUUUUUUUAUAUCGGUAUUUAUUUGCUCUCGUCUUACGUAUAACAAGCUAUGUGAACAAAGGACCAUUUUUUAACCUAUCGAGUGCACUUUUGUGUAAGCAAACAAUUCCUUGACGCGUUAGUCCAGUACUUACGGUACAUCACGAAGCGUGUAUUCUGCCGCGCCGGUACAGUAUACACGUUAAAUGUUUUUCUGUUGUUGUUUGUCUGUUCUGGUCUUCCAUGUACCACCAUUUUGGCUCAAACUAUGUUCGGGUGCAAUUGUGAAACCAUGAUGAAGAGAUUAAAGCAAUUUGCAAAGCUCUGAGCAGAAGCAGUACAAGGUUCAAAACCGAAAAGAAAAUAUAGAAUUUUUACAC